GGUGACAGAGCUGAACACCCUAAAGAAAAAGAGUCCAGCAGACCUGUGGAGGGAGGACCUUGCUGCCUUCUCUGAGGAACUGGCGCGGGUUGAGGCAAAGGAAAAGGAAAAUGCCACCCUUCCUGUAAAAACUGGAAAAGGCAAAGCAGUAAAGGUGAAAAAGGAGACUUUGCCCACUCCACAGGGCCGCCGUGUCAUUCCACGUGUCACCAGCACCAUGAAGGCUGAAGCUAACAGGAAGGCUGAUCUGAAGAAAGGAGAGGGCAAGAGAGGAAAGAAAAUCAAGAGUGAAGAUGUUGUGAUGAAGAUGGAGUUUGGAGAGGAUGCAGAAAAUACAGAGCCGGUUGAGGAAACGGGCUUAGCUGCACGGCUGAGCAAGAAAACCAAGACCCAAGCAGCAGAAAAAGCAGCAUCAAAGACGGGCAAGCAGACCACUCUUCAGUUCAAGCCUGUUACCAAGAAGCCCAAGAAAAAUGCGUGGUCAGAUGAGGAUGUUGGCCUGUCGGACAGUGAAGUAGAGGCAGAGGAAGCGGCUGCCCCCAGAGAGUGCAUAGGACGGAAAACCAAAGGUGAAUCUGCUUGA